AGUGACUCGACAGUCGGCUGCCAGACUAGUUUUGUCUAGCCAGGUGCGUGAGAAGGACACCAUGAGAUCCGACGGCCUUGUGUUGCGAAUUUUGGUGGUGUUCACCUGCGUGGCCGCCUGCUGCGCUUUCAGCUUCAACUUUGGCAGCAACAAACCCGAGCCACGGAAAAGCACGGUGCCAGACCACAGGGCGAGGGCGCCUCCACCGCCUGCGCCUUUGCAGUUUGCCCCUGCCCGCAUGGACGGCACGCCUAACUACGACUUCCGCUACGCAGCCCAAGACGCGAUGACGGGAAACUAUCAGGUACAGGAGGAACACUGCGAGGAUGGCAAAGUGAGCGGCACCUACUCAAUGAGCGACCCGAACGGCGACCUGCGAGUGAUCACUUACGUUUCGGACAAGAGGGGCAACUUCCAGUCCGAGGUGCGCAUCGAGCCAGGCGGCGCCGUGCUCACCCCCGACAAACGCACCUUUGAAGGCUUCUUCAGCCACCUGAAUUCACUCGCCUCAAAGCCCUUCUUCACCGGCAAGCCUCCCGAGGUGGGCAACUCGCCAGUCGCUGUGAGGCCCGUGUUCAGCACCUACGACCCCACGCAGGCCGGUUACCACCAUGGCAAGGAGCCCAAACGCCCUGAGCCAACGGCGGGAUUCAGACCUGAGGACAUUCCCAAGCGAUCCUCCACGCCUCCACCUCAGCUGGUUCAGCACCACGACGGCAUCAUCACAGCGUCGCCUGCGAUCCAGCAGCCUGUACGCAGACCUUUCAGCCCGCAGCCGACUAACCCGACCACGAUGCACAUGAAAACAUCGCCUCCGUCUACUGCGUCCACCCCAAUGGUGAUCACGCCGUCGGCCGUGGUGGCCAACAUGGCCAAAAACCCAUACCUGACCGCGCGCCAACCGCAGAUACCCUACAUGCACCAACCCCAGCAGCCGGUGUCCUACCUCCCACCGCUGAAACCCAGCCAGCAGCCCUUCACUAAUUUCAACCCCAUGCCCCUCGUCAAAACUCAGCCUCAGCAGAUGGCACCACCAGCUGGAUUCAAUCCUACGACGCAUCAGCCAAUCAUAACCGAGUUCCAGCAACCACAAUUCGUCCAAGAAGCCAAGCAACCCUCGCAGUAUCCACAGAACCAGGCGCAAUUCACCCCCACGUACAAACCCCAGUUCGUCCAAGAAGCCAAGCAACCCUCCUAUCCACAGUCCUUCACACAAUUCACCCCUUCGUACCAAGGGUUGCAUUCACCCUUCCAACCUCAACCCCAACAACAACAACAGCAGCAGCAGCAGCAGCAGCAGCAAACGUUCUGGAAUCCGUAUGAUGCAGCCGCCCUCGGAGGCACUCCGUACAUGUUGGUGCGCACGUAUAUGGUGCCUAUCCAACCGACCUCGGUGGUGCCCACCACCCUCCUCUUGAGCAAACCCCCCACGCGGGUGGUGCAGCAGCCGGAGAGUCCUCAACCCACAGUUAAAACCAACGGGACACCAGAAAACAACGCUCCCGCCACCGAAGCUCCCGUCGAGGAGAAAGAGGUCACAACAGCAGCAGCAAAAAAAUGAACAAGUCGCACGAUUUGCAAUGACUGAACCCUGGAGACUCAUUCAAAUAGACUGAAAUUGAAAUUUAUCUCAAACAACUUUGGACUUUUUACAAAAAGACUGCAUUUGUUGCAAUUAUUUAUGAAACUGGUGUAGGGUAUGUUAUACAUUACAGAAAUAAAAAUUAUUUAA